AUGUCUCUUGGAAGAAAAGCUGCUGAACGUUUAGCCGAUAAGACUGUCCUUAUCGUUGGCGCCUCAAGUGGUAUCGGUAAAGCUACCGCAACUGAGUACUGUGAUACUACAGGUGGCCAAAUUAAAUUAAUAUUGGCUGCUAGAAGAUUCAAGAAAUUACAAGAGAUUAAGAAGGACAUUGAGAAGGACUUUCAAAAUGUCAAGAUACAUAUUGUCGAGCUUGAUGUAAGCGACUCAAAAAAAAUCGCUUCCUUUGUUGAAGAGUUGCCUGAAGAUUUUAAGGAUAUUGAUAUCUUGGUUAAUUGUGCAGGUCUGGCUCUUGGACUUGACGAUGUUGGUGACAUUGACCCUGAAGAUGUGGAAACUAUGAUAAAUACUAAUUUUAUAGGUUUAGUCCACAUUACCCAAGCCGUCAUUCCUAUCUUUAAAGCGAAGAAUUCGGGUGAUGUUGUGAAUGUGAGUUCCAUUUCUGCAAUAGACUCGUAUCCUAAAGGCUCUAUUUACUGUGCAAGUAAGCAUGCAGUUAGAGGCUUUACGAAGGCUUUAAGACAAGAAAUGAACAGAAGUAAUAUUAGAGUUAUUGAAAUUGCGCCCGGCUUAGUUGAAACCGAGUUUUUCACUGUACGAUUCAGAGGAGACGAAGAGAAGGCGAAAAAAAUAUUUGAAGUUGCCCCUGCUUUGCACCCUGAUGAUGUGGCAGAUUCAAUCGUCUACGCCACCUCGAGAAAACCAGGUACAACUGUCGCAGAUCUCUUAAUAUUACCUACUCAGACAAUCCCCCUAGCUGAAGUCUACCGUGAAAAAAAAAUAAACGUGUGA